AUGGGACGAGGUGAAAGAGACGAGAGUAAAAGAAGGGAGGCACCGGAGUCGACCCUCGCAAGGCGGGACUAUCCCCGCCAAAUCAUGAACAAGGUGAACGAUCGUGUUAGAUCGCCAGGAACAUCACGAUGCCUAACCACUACUAUGUCGCUUUCAAUUUCACCUUCGAGUCCUGAGGAACCUGUUACGCUGGUGGAACUGACCAGCGUGCCGGGUGGCCAGAAUGCGAUGGCUCAUCUCAAAAAACGGAAGCUGGAAGCAGAGUCCGUCAACCCGAAUCCUAAGCAACCGCAGCAGCUACAGCAACAGCAGCCGUUUCAGCAACAGCUACCGUUGAUCAACAAGAAGGGCGCACAACCGGUCAUUACUCAAGAAAUGGAGACAGCUGAUGCUGCUGCCAAGCGAAGGAGGAAAAGCGUACGGGACGACGAGACGCGAAAGUCGCUGGACGCCAACGAUCUCGGCAAGACCAUACCGUUGCCGCAAAAGAAACGAGCGUUCGCCGCUGGCAACUGCGGCAGCCCCGCAAGAAAGUCCAGCAAGCACUCGGAAGAGCCUGAGGACGACGAGACUCUUAUCAGGGAGACCGAGGCUGCGUUGAAAAGUUUGUCCGGGAGCUGGCCAGGCCCCAGAGGAUCCCUCUAUCAGAGAGGCAACUCCGACGAGGACAAGUACGAAUCGAAUUUCGAGAAUCUUUUCGAAGAAAAGAAGGAAAACCCGAAACUCUCGCCGUCGUCGGUGUCGAACUCGUCGACCACCAGCAACGAGGCUGGUUGCUCGUUGAAGGAUGUGAUAACAUUCCGCGGACAGCAAGACAGAAGUAAAUCGCAGCAACAGCUGAGACUGGAAGCGACCAAGCAGCAACAGCACCCCGCGAAAGUUAAAAAGGAUCUGGACCAUUUUCUGAAAGCGGAACACGAGAGUAUCGGCGUUCAGAGUCAAGUGAACAACGUGAACCCGAACGAGCCGGGUAAAAUCAGACCGGUGCCCGUGAGAUCGUUGUCGAGCAAGGAGAGAAAUGACAGAAACAUGGUCGGUGCGCACGUGGACCCUCAAGGUCGACAGACGGACAAAUAUUCCAGAUACGAUCCGCCGGACUUCAACGAGCUGGUAGAUGACUCGUCGAACGAGCUCGAGAUCGACAUGUCGGACCCGACCACGGACAAAGACGACGUCGACAGGGAGAAAAUGAACGACAGGGACAGGGAUCGCGGGUGCAGGAACGGACAAUCGCCCCAGAACGCUGCCAGACACCAGCAACAGCAGCAACAUCAGCUUUACGCGAACUACCAUAGACAGUACAGUGAAAACAGUAUGAAGGCUCUGGCGACCGCCACGACGUCUUCUGGUUCAACGCCGCCGUCGAAUUCUCCGUUCUCCGCGACGUCGGCGUUCAGACCGCCCAACACGGACCACGCGAAGGCGACUGGUCGAGGCACGCCGUCAGUGGCCGUGCCAUCCGCGGCGAUUCCACCUAUCGGACCGUAUCCAGCAUCCGCCACGUUCGUUGGUUACCCGACACCUGGUCCAGGACCAACGAUGCCCACCCCUCAACCUGUUACCGGGAUCGCGCCCACGCCGGAGGACAAACAUUCCUCCACAGUCUCACUGCUUCAGUUGAAAUCAUCGAAAGAGGAUACCCACCACGUGACCAGGCACGAGGUCACGUCGAAUCCGGUGACCAGCAGUAAAAGCCCGACCAGUGGUCUGCCAGCGGUCACGAGCCCCGACUCGUCGAAACAGUACACGAUCCUACAGCCGGCCGGGGUUGGCUCGCGUGCCGCUAGUGCCCUCCAGGACAUAGCCAGGGAGGGGGUGGUCAGUGUGACGGCCGUGAGCAGUUGUAGCACCGCGAACGGUGGCUCGACCACCGGGAACAACGGUAACGGUAACGGUGGCAGCUGUAACAGCAACGUAACGAGCAAAACGACGAACAGCAACAGUGGUGGUAACGCGAGCAACAACGGUAAUCCGACCGGUAACGGAAACGGUAACAAUGUGGCUAGCAUCACCAUUACCGCCGUCUCGACCAGCACGACCACGUCCAGUCCCGCGACCGGCGGCGACGUGUCAUCCGGAAGUGGAACAGGUCAACAAGAGAAUGUCAUGAAAAUGCCAGAGAGGUCGGGGACCUUCGACGGGAGCAGGCCAGGAAUGUCCAUGUCUCCGUCCAGUCUCAACAGAGAGGGCAACAAGUGCCCGACCCCAGGCUGCACGGGGCAGGGUCACGUGACCGGACUCUACUCUCACCACCGCAGUCUCUCCGGUUGUCCAAGGAAGGAUAAACUAACGCCAGAAAUUCUGGCGAUGCAUGAGACUAUUUUGAAAUGCCCGACGCCUGGUUGCAACGGCCGUGGCCAUGUCAGCUCGAACCGGAACACGCACAGGAGCCUGUCCGGAUGUCCCAUUGCCGCGGCCAAUAAGCAGGCCGCACGCGAGGCACGACACAAGGCUCAAGUGUCCGGGAUCCCGCCAGAGUACAUAAGUACGAACCUGUUGCCGCCGUCGAUGGAUAGCAAGAGCUACUCCCAGUACGGUUCCACGGCGCAGGACACAAAGCCGGUGCUAAAUAGCCUGACCUACGACUAUUACACGACAACGAAAAGCGCGGGGAUCAACGUAAAACCUCCCAAAACUCCGGAGGAGAGCCCUUCGUCCCGUAGCACUAAAGUAGUCCCUAAAACCGAAAACAUGACACCGAGCGGCAGUUGCUGCAACACGUUGCCGACCAGAGGUCAGAAUACGUCCGAUUUGUUGGUGCCCAAGACAGAGGAGACCGCUUCCUGUCGCGUGAAUUCGCCGCCACCGCCGCCACCGCCAACCGUACGAUCCACCUACGACUCCUACAUGAAUCAAGACUCGAACUCCUCGUCGAUGUCGUCGCUGGACGCAAUGGGGUCCAGAGGAUCCAUCGGCGCGACGAUACAUCAUCCGAGCCAGCACCCGACCCACCACGUUCUGCCCAUGCAGCCCACGGUCGCUUAUCCGAUGCCCAUGGUCGAGGACACCAGGAUGAGCCAUCAGAUGUCCCAGAGAUCGCCUUACGAGCCAUCAGCCAUGAUGGCGGCGGCUGCAGCGGCCGCUGCGGCGGCCACCACCAGCGAGGAUCUCUAUCAUCACAGAACGGCCGAGCACGCGAGGGCCUACAUGCACCCUGGUGCGAGUAAUAUCGCGCGACCGGUCGUCUCCUACUCCAACGAGAUCGCGAACGCGAGGGGCUACGAGAACGCCGUGGCCAGCGCCGCCAACCAUCGACCGUACGAUCCUGGCACCACGUCCGCCUACGACAGAUACGACACGCAGAGCUGCGCGCCUAUCCAGUCCCAACAGCAACAGCAGCAGCAGCAACAACAACAGCAGCAACAGCAACAGCAGCUGCACUCGAGGACGAACAUGUACUAUCUCGGACAGACUGGAAUGACGCCCGAGGAACAGGAACGAGUGUACCAUCAAGAAGCUGCAGCCGCGGCUCAGCAGCAUCAGAUGGCGAUGGCCGCUGCCACGGCCGCCGGAAUGAUGAAAACCGAAGAUGUGAAGUGCGUCACGGUGGCGCAGGUGCAGCAGAUGCAGAAACCAGGGGGCCCGCCGACUUCGCCUGGGGGGUCGGUGAUGGACCUGUCCACUUCCAGCGUCACGUCUACGAGUCCUCAGGCGCCCCCGUACGGUUCUAAUAGUCUGAGCCCUCAAUAUGGCGGCGGUCAGACCGUAGGCGGCAGUCCACAAGCUGCUGCGAGUCCUCACUUGACGGCUAGUCCUCAGGUCCCGAGUCCACAGGGGCAGACCCUAGAUCUCAGCGUGAACAGGCUUCACAGUGGAGCACCUAGUCCCCAAUAUCCAACCGGCCACGGAGAAGCCGUGGCGGUUCCGGUUGGACCAGGAUUCCCUGCGCCGAGACCAAUCGAGGAACAAACCGAGCCCGUGGAUUUCUCAACGGCGAACGAGCCGGUCAAUUUCAGCGGGGGUCCCGGAAUCAGGCCUGUGCCAGGAUUUCCACCACCCGGUGUGCACGUCGCGGCGUACAGUCGUGAAAGCACCCCCGACAGUGGAGGUUCCCACUACAUGGACGCCUACCGUGAUCCCACUGGAUAUGGACCAAUGAGCCCGCAUCCAGGCUACGGAAUGACAGGCGUUCAGCCGGAAUAUCCAGGGAACACUUACACCCCUUACCCCACCGCUGGUUACAAUUGCGGUGGAACUUAUCCCGGAGGCCCUGUGACUUCCGGUUACCAAAUCCCAGCUGGAUACACGCCGACACCUUGCUACAGUAUGCCGCCCCCGCAGCACACGGUCGGGCCUCUCGAUAAACCCACGGGUAAAGACGAUAGUAUGAAUAUGAGGCGGCACUCGUUGAAUUUUGCACCUCGUCCCGCUCCUCGUGGUCGCGAUGGCAAGGAGCUGAUACAGUGCCCCACGUCGUCCUGUGAUGGCAUGGGUCAUGUCUCGGGGAACUACGCUACCCACAGAAGCCUUUCCGGUUGCCCGCGGGCCGAUCGUUCCCAGAUCCAGGCGCACUCCCAGGAGCUGAAAUGCCCUACGCCAGGGUGCGAUGGUUCCGGCCACGUCACCGGGAACUACUCGUCUCACAGAAGUUUGUCCGGCUGUCCGCGAGCCAACAAACCGAAGAGCAAGCCGCGAGAUGGACAGGACUCCGAGCCAUUAAGAUGUCCAAUCCCGGGUUGCGACGGCUCUGGCCAUGCCACUGGCAAAUUCUUGUCGCACCGCAGCGCAUCUGGCUGCCCCAUUGCCAACAGGAACAAAAUGCGUGUACUGGAGUCGGGAGGUACGGUGGAGCAGCACAAAGCAGCGGUGGCGGCGGCGACGGCGAUGAAGUUCGAGGGUGUCAAUUGUCCUACGCCAGGCUGUGACGGAAUCGGCCACAUAAACGGCUCUUUCUCGACUCACAGGUCCCUAUCCGGAUGCCCCAUAGCCGGGCACGCGGUGAAGAAGCCCAAGUUCGAGGACAUGUCUAGCAUGUACAGCAAAGGAAUCGCCGGAGUGGACACCAGUGGUCCGGCUCACGGGGGUGCGGUGGGUACGGUUCAGGGUAACACGAGUGGUAGCGGUACCGCCACUGGUCAGGGCGAGGAUCUCUACACACUGGAGGCCGAGAUUACGGAACUCCAGAGAGAGAACGCUCGGGUCGAAUCGCAGGUGCUGCGCUUGCGCUCCGAUAUCACCGCCAUGGAGAAUCAGUUGAAGCAAGGUGAAAAGGAAACAACGACGAUCGCCCAGCGGAACAACAACCUGACCGAGUACUACCAGUCGCUGCGCGAUAACAUGAUAACGUUGCUGGAGCACGUACGAAUACCGAACGCCCCGGGCGGACCGCAGGAGAAAAUGGGUCACGAAAACUUCGACAGUUACCUAACGAAGCUACAGACCUUGUGCACCGCCGAUGGCUACUGCACGGACGAGGCCAACAGGCCGAUAUACGAGACGGUGAAGACCGCGCUUCAGGACUUCACGGUCCUACCGACACCCAUCUGAGACCACCCUUAAAGCUCGAUGAUCGAUUACAACGCGACACGGACACGUUUAACGCAGUGACCGAAGCGUUGUGAACGUUAAAGAAAAUAAUAAACACUGUUCGCGUGGUUGCAAUUGGACACAUUGUGCGUCGAAAAAACGAACGGGAAUCGUGCGUCGUUAAAUGUUGGAGGGGGAACUUUUUAAUUGUAGGAAGAGACCCAAAGGACGUACCAAAGACAAUGUUUUUACAAAUUAUCGGGUGAUCUGGUUGCGUACCAGACGACGAUGGUGCUUUCACCGAUAAACGUCGUCGACUGUAUAGACUGUUAGUAAAUGUUACAACGGUAUCUAAAAAGCAUGCCCCACCCUCGAUGGUUAGGGGCGAUCUCGCGGACUGACGUUGCUCAUAGCGAUAUCAUUUUUUGUACAUAAUGAACUUGUACCACGUAAGUAUUAAGGCCCGGUAGCGAAGACCGCGCAGUCAUCGUGUAAAUAGGAGGAGAAAAGCAUUUAUAUUAUUGGAGGUACGUAAACGCGAUCAGUCUCACUAACGAGGCGUGUAAAAACGGAAUGGCCAGGCGAUAAUCGAAUGAUCCAGCUUAGAUGUAUAUCGGAAAAAAAAACGUACUGCUCUUACCAGUGUAUAACUGUUACUACCCGUUAAGCAAUCAACGUUUAAAUUUAAUGGAGACGAGGGAACCGCUGAAUACGCUGCUUCUGCUGAACCGACGGCUACUUAAUUAUGAAUUACUAUUGCGUAAUCAUUACCGCUAGAUACUAUUAUUACUACUAUUGUCACUGUUACAACCACCGAGAUCGUUUCUAGGAUUAAUCCAAGUCAUUAUUAUUGCUACCACUAACUCUUAUUACUGUCUGAUAUAGGGAUAUAGCGACGAGUAUACCGACGCAUUUAUAUUAUCAACGAGAACUACGAACGGUGCAACACAUUUGUCCAUAGGGGGUGUACAUAAUCGCAAGAGAGACCACGAAUGUCGCGCGAACGAUCGACGAGGGUGCUCGUUGGCGUCUCCGUGCAUUUUGCGAGACGCGAUCGGGAUCGUUCGCGCGACGUUACGAAUUUUUCGGGAUAUACAUGUCGAAUCGUGAAACACGGUGUAUUUAUCGAUGUCGCACGAAACGCGAGGACGCGAUCGUUCUCGUCGCGAGUUAAUUAAUCAAGGACGAAGGAUAUACUCGUUCGUAUGUGCAAUAGGUUUUGUUCGUAUUUCCGUUUUGGGAGAAAUUUAUCUUUGAACGCAGCGGGUGAUAAAACGCGCGCAACGGCUGCAUCCGCGCGAAGUUGUUAUUGGUUUUUUCGUUGACGCAUUUAGAAAUCCCCGUACACGAAUAAGUUUCCGUCUUUAUAAUGAAUUGUAAGAUACGCGAGGGACUCAGUGUAAAUAUAUUUAACGCGUUGCGAAGCGACUGUCUUAGACACGUGUAUCCUCUGCCUCUUUGACGCUCGAACAAAUGGCGGACGCGUCGGACGGGACAGGUUUGACAAUACGCGACGUUGUAUCGGCGAACACGAGCGCGUUCGGUUCGUUUCUGGUAUCGACAAGUAUACGAAACAAAAAAAAAGUAAAAGAAAUGAGAAAAGAUAUUGAAAAUGAUAAUCGGUAGUAAUUUCUUGCACGAGCGACGAUAGGACUGCGAGACGAUUCAACGGGGCAGAGAUAUCGGCUAGCAGUGCUUAUUAUUUUGCAGACUGAACGAAUUUCGUCGCUGUUAGUAGAGACGCGAAGGUGUAUAUAAACGAGAGAGAGAGAGAGAGAGAGGGAGCGAGAGAACACGCGAGAGGUACGGGAGAAUCAAUUAUUUGUCUGUACGAGAGCAGACGCGACGAAAGGUACCGCAAAAAAAAAAAACGAGGGAUAUACUUUAACCAAACACCGUGUAGUGAGGGUAAUAAUAAAUUAAAGUAUAGCGAUAGUCGGCCGGCGAUUACGAUUAAUCUCGACGUUAUCAUUAUUCUUGUCAUUGUCAUUAUCAUUACGAUUAUAAUUGCCAUUGUCACUGUGAUUAGAUCUGUUCUUUUGCUCAACAUAAAUCGACACUGGCGGCGAACGGAAACGGUGAGGAACGCGCUCACGGUAAACGGUCGUUUCCGAUCCUCUCGAGGUUACCAUUCUGGAUGAUAUUAUUCCUAUUAUUGCCAUUAUUACCACUAUUGUCGUUACGUUCUCGUCAUUAUUGCGAU